GAACUUUUCAGUCUUUUAUUUCAGUCAUAUCUAUAAUACGUCGAAUCGAGCCCCGAAAGGAAGAGAAAGAGUGAGGGUGGAUUUUUCCUUGUUAUUUAGGGAGAGAGAGAGAGGCUGCUGUCAGACUCUUUGCAGCGAGAGAAAGAUUGAUCACCGCACUUCGUUUUCUUCCACUCGGGGCUAUUCGGGCCCUCCCCAAAAUAUUCCCAGCUAAACAAAUGACCGCUUCUUGAUCUCUCGCAAAAUCUACAUGUGCGUCCUGUUGAGUCUAAAGGCCACUCUCACUUACAGUUACCAUUUAUACUGCUGCUGUAUUCUUUUUAUCAUAAGAAUUAGAGUAGCUUUCUCUCCUUUUUCCCCAGCUGGGUGAAGCGACCUCGCUGUGAACUCUCCCUCUCCCUCUGCGUAAACACGGCGAACAUUUUAACACCGUGGAGAGAGGGUGGGAGAGGAACCGUGGUAUCUUGCAAGAAGAAUUUUGGAGCCUCUCUGAAAAGGUUAUUUUAGGGUAAGAUUAUAUUUAGACCUUGUUUAAAGUUUCCUCCCCUCUCAUACACACCACUACGUAAACGUGAUAUCUAUUAGAUAUAAAAAUCGCACACUUACACAUCAGUAGGCUCCCCUCACUGUCUGUCCUCAAAUCUAAGCUAUGCUCUUGUAAACAGUUCCCUCUGCACUACCGCUGAGCACAAAUCUUCAUCGUCCACUCUUCGUGCGCUGCUGCGCCACCUAAAAAACUCUCAGAAUGUUCUAAGCGUGACAUUUCCACCCUCUGUCACACCUUCUAAGAUUAAUGAGCAGCGCGUUGUAAACAGGAGACAUAUUGUAGACGGUGCUGGCCGGCUCCAUACACCUAACCGUCACCACAUCACCCAGAAGACGGGGACAACAUGCUCAAGAAGAGGAUGCUCUAUUGUUUGUGCAGCAUCACCGGGCCUGGAUGCGCCGGCCAGUCGCCCACACUGCGCACAUGGCGAAUGGCCACCGUAUCGGGGCUUUUUUUCACGCCCUGUUAAAAUACAACAAUGGCAGCUACCCUGCGAAGUAGUAUCCUGACACGACAUUUGAUGGAAAAAAAAUAAUAAUGCUGCUUCCCACAGCCAUCACAGCCGCCUGGCCUGGGUCCAGGAUUGGCUGAUUUGGAUCACGUGGCCAGGAACUGGCUGCAAUUUCGCCCCAUAGUUCUUCAGUUUAGACUACCCAGGUCCCCACACGCUAGUAAUAUCACCAAUAUACACAAUUAUUAUAUAGCCACGGUGUUUACGCCAUUGCGGUCGGGAACCUACAUGUUCGUGCGUUUUUUUUUCAGUUGAUUUUUUUGUGAAGCCAUAGUGUGUUGCGUGCGUGUGCAAGGGUGCGUGCGUGUAUGUGUUUUUGUUGUUGUUUCUUCUUUUUUUAUUUUUGGGGAAGGGGCUGUUCGGAGGGUAUCGCCGUUUCGGGGUAAAAGCCCGUUUGAGAGAGCUAUGAAUUUUGAAUUUGAGAGGGAGAUCGGUUUCAUAAACAGCCAGCCGUCCCUAGCAGAGUGCCUGACGUCCUUCCCCGCCGUCCUGGAGUCAUUUCAAACUUCAUCAAUCAAGGAGUCGACAGUAAUUCCGCCUCCCUUUGAGCACACCAUCCCCAGCUUCAGCCCCUGCACAGCCAGCCAGCCGAGACCAGCUGCGAGAAGCCAGCAGAACCGGAGAGCCUCCUCCACUAAUGGCCUCCAGACGCAUCACGGAGCCGCCCAGCAGCCAUACACGACCGGCCAGGCCCCCGCCCCGGCCACGGUCACCCCGACCGGCCCGAUUGCCCACGAGUUCCCCUGGAUGAAGGAGAAGAAAUCAUACAAGAAGUGCCCCAAGCCAGGGAGCAACUCCAGCGGUACCGGAUCCAUCAUCCCCCCCGCCUCAUCCUCCCCGUCGUCAACUGCCUCUGGGUACGCUUCGGCGGGCAUCGAGUCACCCACAGACCCGAGUCAGGCGGGCCUAGACGCUGGAGGAGCAGGCUCCCGCCGGCUGCGCACCGCCUACACCAACACGCAACUGCUGGAGCUGGAGAAAGAGUUCCACUUCAACAAGUACCUGUGCCGGCCCAGGAGAGUAGAGAUUGCCGCCCUGUUGGAUCUAACCGAACGGCAGGUGAAAGUUUGGUUCCAAAACCGGCGGAUGAAACAUAAGCGGCAAAACACGCACGGGAGCGGAGGAAGCCAUGAAUCCAGCGACACGGGAGGCUUUGAGCCGCUCGAAGGCGCUGACGCCUCCUCCCCGUAUUCAAGCCAGCCUCUGGAAGCAUCUGGCACAGGGGAGACUGCCUCGGAGGGAGAGCCGGGAGGCGGCAAUCCAUCUUCGGCCGCCUACGCUAAUGACAGCGGGGACAAUGCACAGCCCACACCAGAGGAGGGAGACCGUUUGAGUAUCCCCGAGCGGCCACCGCUGUUUACGGCAUCGGGGUGCUCUGACUCUGCGACGGCUCGUCACUCUCCGCCGGCGUUGGCGGUCACCAACUCUGCUGACAACCCGGGCCUGAUGCAGCUGAGCGAAUCCGUGCCUGGAUUAACAGCAGCUCCCGAGCAGCAGGACUCCUCAAUUACACCCACAGCUUCAUCUGCUCCUUCUGCCGUAUCUUCAUCGUCCACCCUACCCGACCUCACCUUCUUCGCCGGGGACCCCUGCCUGUCACCCAGCCUGCAGAGCACCCUGGACAGCCCUGUGGAUUUCUCAGAAGAGGACUUCGAUCUGUUCACAAGCACACUGUGCACCAUAGACCUGCAGCACCUCAACUUCUGAGACCUCGACACAAAUUGAAAGUAGGGUCAAAUAAAAGCGAGUGGGGCAGUGGGCAGAGGGGCCUGCGUUAAUGAGAAAUCCAGCAGAGGACACAACACUUAUUUAUUUAACAGAAAAAAAAGAAUAUUAAAGCUUUUCGGCAACAUUCCUGAAACCUUUCUCCAUUAAAAUAUGUUUUUUUUGGGUUUUUUUUUACAUAUUCUUCUUGCUUUUUUGGAGGGCAUCAUAGUUUCAAAGAAAUCCAAUUAAUUUUUCACUUUAAAACAUCGAAAGGAUUUUUCCCCCUCCUUUGAAAAUAUGACAAUAUGUGGAUGUAUUUUUUGUACUUGACUUUCUCGGUUUGGAAUUUUAUUAUUUUUUAUUAUUUAUUUAUUUCUUCUUUUUUUUUGGGGGGGGGGGGGUGUAAAUCAAUCCUUAUGAGUUUGUGGAUUUGCUUCCUCUAGUUCAUCCUGGUGCAGCUUCAUGGAUUCUUAAAAGCUUCUCAGGAACUGUUCACGGAGUCUGUAGGCGCAGAUAUCUGUACCGUUUUGACAAAAUCCAAAUGGGACAAUGAAUGAAUGAAUUCUCUCUUUGAACGGCACGACGCAGAGAGAGGGAAGCCCUGCUGAUGACCGGAGGUUUAAACACUAGUUUAUUUAUUGAGAUUCUUUAAUAGUGAAAAUCCAAAUUAUUUAUUGUACAUAUAUUUUCAUAGUGGAAUAACAAUAAUAAUAAAAACACAAACAUUUAUACUGUGCCCCAUGUUUUUUUUAUAGUCUCUGAAUUUAUAAAUUAGCACAUUUAUGUGUGUAACCCUAACACAUAGUAUGGAUUAAUUUAUUUGACAACACUAAAUAGGUUAGAACGUUUUUAGACCAACAACCUACAAAAUUAAUUUUUUACAACACAAUUUUCUAAUUGUUUAUUUAUUACAACUAUUUUUAAUUAUUUGUAUUUUUAUAUAUAAAGCCUAUAUACAUGCUGUGUUUUUUGCACGGAUACUUUAUACAUUAUAACCACCUCCAAAGCAAUUGAAUCCAAUACACUUUUCAAAUUUCUCAUUUCAAUUCCAGUUUCAAUUUAUUUAUUUUUUUAUUAGAUAAGGAUUAAAUAAUUGACCUGUUAAAAUUCCUAAAAUGCUUGUUUAGUUUUUCCAACUUAAAGACUAUAGCCUAGGAAACUAUGUAUAGCUAGUGUGUUUACAUGGAGAUAACCUUGAUAAAUGGGAGCAAAAUAACACAUUUUCCGGAGCUGCUUGCCUUCAUCAGGUGUUAGCUCAGCACGGCUAGCUCUCUGAGUACAAGCUAAGGGUUAGCACAGCGUGGCCCUCCUCCACCAUCACCACCACCACCAGCAGCAGCUAUUAUUACAAAGUAGCAAGAACAGCAGUGCUAAAAAACAAUGUAGCCUUUUUUACUGACAGUGAGUGGAAGAAUAGCAAGGCUCACCUGCUGCUGUAGUAUGUAAACAUGGAAGUUAAUCCCUGAUUGGCGUCCCUUUAUUAAAAUGUGAAUGUGAAGUUAACCAUGAGUGUGUCUGCCAUUAGUGUGUGCGUGAUUGCAAAGCUGCUCCUCCUCCCGCGGAGUCAAAAUGGCGCUGAAGACAAAGCAGGAUGUGAACAAUAAGCAGUAGCAGCCAUUACAGGAUGAUCAGCUCAGUGUGACAGGCAGGAUGUUUGUGUGAGGACAGCGAGCAGAAAGGACAGAAGAAACAUUUUAUAUUUAUUUUAACAAAGGAUUAUGGUUGACUGUUCCCAUCUUAUAAGGAAAAAAAGUAGAGUAUAAGAUGAUAAUGGCAACAAAAUAAAAAAAAGCUUUAUAAUUAUUUGAGUGUAAAAAACAAAGCAUAUCAUACAUACAUACAUAUAU